AUUUUACAAUGUCAACGAACACGAAAAAUGAGUCUAUAGAAGAGAAUAUGAAUACAAAUAUAUCCAUUUCAGAAUCUCCUAUUACUUCCUUUGAAACUGUAGAUACGACAAAUUUAGUUACUGAAAAUGAAUCAAUAAUAACCCAAGAAACUAUAGUUACCGAAAAUACCUCACCUGGUGAAGUUAAAGAGACUAUUAUAUCUACACCUGCAAUAUCCGAACAAAUAAUAUCAACUGAAAUAAAAGUAUCCACGCCUACAAUAACGGAGACCGUGGAGUCUACGCCAGCCGUUGUUACUAAAAGUGAAUCUAAUAAGAAAACCAUCGAAAAAGAUGAAACUAUUAAUAGCAUUAAAGUAAAUGAAACUGUGAUGAAUUCUUCUGAAGACUUUAAUGAAAAAAUUGAACAAAAGAAUUCGAGAGGAAAUGAAGAUAAUACAGAUAAUACGUACAAUAGAGCUAUAAUUGAUGAAAACAAUCCUGAUGAUAAUGAAGAAGGAAUUGAUCAAGAAACUACUGGCUCUCCACUUAAGAGAACAAAAACCAAAAUCAAAAAUCGUACUUCAAAUUGUAAAGAACGUAGAGUUUAUGCUAACAUCGAUUUACCAAAAGAUGAAGUUGACCGAAAAGGUAGACCAAAGUAUAAAUAUGUUACUAAUAAGAUAGUCACAUCAAAAUAUACUUUUUGGACUUUCAUACCAAAAAACUUGUUUGAACAAUUUCGGAGAGCCGCAAAUUUAUAUUUCUUAUUCAUGGCCGUUCUUGGUAUGUUGCCAUUUAUUAGUGUCAACAAUCCAGUAUUGACCGUACUUCCUCUGUCAGUUGUCGUGUUUUUUACUGCUCUUAAGGAUGGUAUCGAGGAUAGGAAUAGACAUCAAAUUGAUAAACAAUUUAAUGGUGCAAUAUGUUAUCAUCUUCAGAAUUUUGUUAAUGUAAAUUACCCAAAAGUACCAAAAUUAUCAUUUUGGAAGAGACAAAUCCUUCGAAUUAAGUCUUUAUUUAAACGUUCUGUAAAUGAAGAUUCAAACUCAAUUGAUGGUGAUGACGAAGACAAACCUCCAUCCGAACCUUCAAACGAAAAACAUGGACCACCUGAGUGGAGAAAAGUAAUAUGGAGAAAUGUUCGUGUUGGAGACUUUUUGUAUCUUAAAAAUAAUGAUGCUGUACCAGCUGACGCUAUCAUUUUAUCAACUUCUGAGCUAGAGGGAACUUGUUUUGUAGAAACAAAAGAUCUUGACGGUGAAACUAAUUUGAAACCUCGUCGAUGCAUUCCCGAUACAAAAGAUAUUCGUUCACCUAUUGAUUGUACAAAUGUUACUUUUUAUAUUGAUUCCGAAACACCAAAUUCAAAUUUAUAUUCUUAUAGUGGAGCUUUGAUCCUAACUGAACCGAGUGAUGAUCGUGACUCAGAAGCUAGACCGCCCGUGAGUGAACGAUCUUCUGUUCCUAAUAGUAUAACUCCUCCGGAACAGAAAUGGAAGCCACGAAAAACUAUUCCAGUCGAUAUUAAUAAUUUAUUAUUGAGAGCUCACGUGAUUCGUAAUACGGAAUGGGUUAUUGCCAUAACUAUAUUCACCGGUGUCGAGACUAAGAUUAUGCUUAAUUCCAGUGAGACACCAAGUAAGCGUAGUAGAAUUGAAAAAGAAAUGAAUCAAGAGGUUAUUCUUAAUUUUUUCGUUCUUAUCAUUCUUGCUUUGGUUUGUGCAAUUGGCAGUGCAAUAUCGACCAAGUUAUCAAAAGAUAGUGGUGUCGCUAUCGAAAAUCUGGAUUCAAAUCGCGAAAGUGUUUUGUUUGCUGCAUUUCUUACAUUUAUGAACAGUUUGAUUAUAUUUCAAAAUAUAAUUCCAAUUUCUUUAUAUAUUUCUAUCGAAUUUGUUAAGCUUUGGCAGGCAUAUUUUAUUUAUAAUGAUUUAGAUAUGUGGGAUGAAGAUUCUAGGGCUACUGCUGUCCCCAAGUCGUGGAAUUUGUCAGACGAUCUUGGUCAGAUUGAAUAUAUCUUUUCUGAUAAAACUGGUACAUUGACUCGUAACAUAAUGGAGUUCCGUCAAUUUUCAGUUGCUGAAAAAGUUUAUGGUAGAAAUGGUUGGGGUGGAAAAACAGAUGCGGAGAAAGGAAAGGAAUUAAUUCAGGGAAAACAAAAUGAAGGGAAACAAGAGUUAGAUCAGAAGGAAAUAUUUGAUCAAUAUAUAAACGAAAUGAAAAAUGUUUUCGAGCCAGUUUAUUCAAGUACAGAUCCAAACUUUUUAACAUUUGUGGAUCCUGAAAUCUUUAGAGAUUUGAAAAAUGAUGAUGAAAUUGAUAAUGACAUAGGAGAAGAAUCAAGUACUGGUGGAAAAUCAGAAUUUAAACAUAAGAGAUCUGAUUUAUUGAAAGAAUUUUUUACUUUGCUAGCAGUAUGUCAUACUGUUGUAGUUGAUGAUAUUUCUAAAGAAAAUAGUGAAAAUGCAAAUAGCGAUGGAGGAAGAGAUUCAAAUAAUGAAACUCAAUCUUCUGGAAAUUCAAGUGAAUCAAGUUUGAAUCAUAAUAGAGAUAAAAAUAGCUCAUCUAUUAGCGUUGCUAAAAAGAAACUUAAAAAUUCAAUUAAGCAGGUAUUACCUUCGCUCAAACAACUCGAGUCAGCACUAGGUCAUAGCCCUAACGGAACUGUAAAGUCAAUUCCGAUUGAUACAACCGUUGUAAAAAAUCUUGUUUAUAAGGCUGAAUCACCUGACGAAGCGGCACUUGUAGCAGCAGCAAAAAAUGUGGGAUUUGCAUUCUUAUCACGAACGACUAAUUAUCUUACAGUUGAUGUUCUUGGUAAAGAACAUAAAUUCGAAAUUUUGAAUAUAUUAGAAUUUAAUUCGACGCGUAAGAGAAUGAGUGUAAUUGUUCGUCGUCCAGCUGAACUAGGGGGUGGUAUCAUAUUAUAUUGUAAAGGAGCUGAUAAUAUUAUCAUUGAAAGAUUGGCUAAAGGUCAAGAAAAGUUUGUUGAAGCUACAGCUCGUGAUAUUGAAGACUUUUCAAAUGAUGGUCUCCGCACACUGACUCUAGCAUAUCGAGAAUUAAGUGAAACGCGAUACAAAUCUUGGUUAAAGGAGUAUCAGGCAGCAGCAUCCUCAUUAACAGAUCGUUCUGAGAAAAUUGAUAAAGUUUCUGAAAAAAUUGAAAAGGAACUUAUUCUUUUGGGCGCAACCGCUAUUGAAGAUAAACUUCAAGUAGGCGUACCAGAUUGUAUUGCAUCUCUACGAAAGGCUGGUAUUAAAGUUUGGGUGCUGACUGGUGAUAAGCUGGAAACAGCAAUUAAUAUUGGAUUUGCUGCACAAUUAUUAACGAAAGAGAUGAGACUUUGGGUGGUGAAAGGUUCUAAAAAAGAAAGUGUUAUGAAACAGUUUAAUAAUGUAUUUGUAUCAUUUAUGGGCGAUAAAAAUGUUAAAAAAUUUACGGAAGACGGUGAAGAAAUUCCACCUGUAAAAGAAGAAGAAGUUCAUGCAUUUAUAGUUGACGGUGCAGCAUUGGCACAUUUGUUGGAAGAUGAUAAUUCUCGAAAUCAAUUAAUCGCAUUAUCAGAUUUUUUUCAUUCUGUAAUAUGUUGUCGUGUAAGUCCCUUACAAAAAGCUAUGGUAGUAGAAUUAGUGAGAAGAGGGAAAAAAUCAACAACAUUAGCGAUUGGUGAUGGGGCUAAUGACGUAAGCAUGAUUCAAGCUGCAAAUGUUGGUGUUGGUAUAUCUGGACAAGAAGGUGUUCAAGCAUCGAUGGCAGCCGAUUAUUCUAUUGCACAAUUUCGAUUUCUUAGCAAACUUUUACUUGUUCAUGGACAUUGGGAUUAUUUGAGAAUUUCAGAGAUGAUUCUUAACUUCUUUUAUAAAAAUGUUAUUUGGGUAUUUCCUGUGUUAUGGUAUCAGAUAUUCUGCAUGUUUUCAGCAAAUAUAUUUUAUGAUUACAGUUUUGUACAAUUAUAUAAUAUGAUAUUCACAGUUGCACCAGUUAUUAUAUUAGGAGCAACAGAUCAAUCAGUUGGAAAGCAAUAUUGUUUACGAUUUCCAACUAUAUAUUCGUUGGGAAUACGAAAAUUAAGAUAUUCAAAAAAAUUAUUUGGACUAUAUUUCUUUGAUGGUAUUUGGCAAUCAUUAGCCGUAUAUUUUACAUUUAAUUUUAUUUAUUAUAUUUCCACAGAUCCUGAAGGAGAUUCGGCAGGACCAUUUAGUACAGCAGUAGCAGUUACUGUAGUUGUAAUUGCAAGUUUACUUGUUGGAUUUAAUACAUAUUAUUGGUCAUGGUUUAUAUGGGUAUUUGUAUUUGUAGAAAUACUGUCUGUGUUCUUAUUUGUCAUUGCAUAUAGUUUAUUUGAGCAAAGUCCAAUAUAUGGUAUAGGAAAUCAAUUAUUUAGUGAUGGAACAUUUUGGUUUGGUAUGCCACUUGCUAUUCUUAUAGCAGGAUUGCCAAGAUAUGUAAUACAAUUUGUUAAACAGUGGUGGUAUCCUGAUGAUUUAGAUAUUGUUAGACAAAUUAGAAAAAGAGAGAGAACUGAAAAAGCAAAAGAAGAGAAGUCUAAAAAAUCAAAUCAAAAUAAUGAAAAGCAACCUGCUGUUACACCUAUGAUUAAUGUUGAAUUGAUUGAGCAUGGUAGAUCUAGAACUAGAUCUCUGACUGAGAAUAACAGUAAUAAGGUUUAAUUAUUACAGAAUUAAAUAAUGAUUAAAUUAAUUUUAAUUUGGUUUAUGUAAAUUAUUAUUAUUUUUUUU